UCCAUAUUGGCUGCAUCCGAACGGUCGCUCGUUUGACAAUACCGGGCCGGGGAGACUCGUGUCUUACAUUGCCUCCAAUUCCUCAUCGCAACUCACUCUCCUUCCACCUUCGCCCAACGCAAACCCUAGCAGCGAAAGCGGUGCGAAGAAUCACGCAAUUGUCUCCUAGUUCGAUUUUCUAUCUUUCAUUUUCUAUUCACAUAAUCGAUGUUGCGUUCGUUUGUGACGCUACAUUUUGCCUCGAAUGCGACGUAUAUUUUGCCGUUAAAUGGUUUGAUAUCUGUUUGAUUCGAAAUGCGUGUCGGAUAUGAAUUAUCGGGCUUUUUCUUGAAGCAGGGUAUGUAAUUUGUGCGCGGGAAAGUGGGCGAAUAUGUUGUGCGGAGAUACGGUGCUUUGUCCGCGUUGAUUGCAUCAGGGAUGGCGGAUGCUGGUUCUUUGUUUUGGACGUUUGCGGAGUCCGGGAUGAAGGAUGUUUGAAGAUCUUUGGUGGUGGCUGUUUUGUUCUCGUUUCAGUCCCGUUGACACGAGCAGAAUCGAUCAGUGUGGGUUGAUGAUGUCGUGGAGUUCAUUGAUGAACUAGAAAGUUGAAAUGUGGUGUCCGCAGAGGCAGUGUUUCUGCAAGGGGAAUUGCAUCGAGGAUUGAGAAUGUGUAUUUGUGUUUUGUGUUUUUGGCGCUUAUUCCGUUGUACUCCUUUCAGCUCUGUUGAUACAGGAAGAAUUGAUUGGUGCUCAUUGGCGUUGUUGACUUUAUUUAUGUACCUAUAAGUAAUUGGGCUCUGGUAAAGACUUUAUUGGUUAAUUGGAGAAAUGAGCGUUGAAGGAAGGUAGUAUAAUGAAAUGGAAGCAAAAGAAGAUGGUGAUACAUCAGAGGAAUGCUCAUCAUCGCCAAUUCAGGUGUUGCGGCAGAUUUCUGAAGACGCUGCUAGAAUGGAUGGCGAAGCAUUACAAAAUGUUUACUCAUCCAAUUCUCAGGCAUCAGGGCCAGGUCAUAGACGUUGUCAGAGUGAAGUUUUGACGGCAGAACACAGUCGUAACAACAGUUUUGGCAGAUGGAAGGCUCAGGUGCAGAAGGCAUUGCAAUGGGGUAGCCAUUCGCAAAACCGAAGUCGGUGUUCUUCGUUCAACCCUGAAGUCUUGACUAACCAAAAACGUCAGUGGUAUCAAUUUAAUUCAAAGACUUCGAACCAGAAAAAAUAUGAAGAGCCUACCUCGCUUUUUGAACACUUCAUCAUUGCGGGCCUUCAUCCAGAUGCUAAUCUAGAGGCAGUGGAGGCUGCAUUUGCCAAAAGGAAAGCACGGGAACUAGAUAUGGAAAAAUAUGACAUGAUUGACCUCAAACUGCUGCAGAAUCAGGAGGCUUCAUCUUCAACAUUGGAACCCCAGAUACUUUUCAAUUAUCCUCCCGGGAAGAGGUUAGCUGUCCGUCCAAAGGAUUUAGCAGCAUUUUGCUUUCCUGGUGGUGUGAAGGCACGAGUGCUGGAGAAGUCGCCAUCACUAAGUGAUCUAAAUGAACUUGUUUAUGGACAAGAACACUUAAGUAGAGAUGAUUUAUCAUUCAUCUUUUCACUCAAGGUGGCAGGCAAUGCAACACUCUAUGGUGUUUGUUUACAUGUGCAAGAAAUUGUUCAGAGGGCACCUACUAUUUUUGGUGCUGCAUCACCCAUUCCCCAAUCAUCUAGAGGGUUUAGUCGCUUUCUGGUUGCUGCUCCUCGCUGUUAUUGUGUUCUAACAAGAGUUCCAUUCUUUGAACUGCAUUAUGAAAUGCUGAACAGUAUCAUUGCACAGGAUCGUUUGAAUCGUAUAACACAGGUUGUCAGUGAAAUGUCUCUGAUUGAUUAUGUUCCAUCAGGAGAAAAGGUUCUUAAUCCAAUGAAUGGGAAUAUUGACUCCCCAUAUGACAUCUCUUCCACUGAUUGGAUGGGUUCUGCAAUACCAAUUGGUAACGUGUUAGCUCAUACUGCAGCCGCAGCAGGCAUUAUAUUAGAUGAUGAAGUCCCUUCAUCUUCUAGUAGGUGGGAAUCUCUCUCUCCUGAAAGUGGUAGCGGCAGUGAGACUCCAGAUCACUUCCAAACAAGGGAAGUAGGGAAGGAUGGAAGAAAAAAUCUGCAUUACUUUGAUGACUCUGCCUCUGAGGCCUCAGAAAAUAGGUCUGAUGGUUUAGAUAGAACAAAUGGAAGCUAUGAUAAUGGCCAAACUCCUAUGGAGCUCGGGCCUUAUACCCGGCGCCGAAGUAGGACGUUGGAUCAUCUGGAAAGUCCUGAGUCAUUAUUCAGUCCAGUGAGAAGCAUUGGUUCAGAGGAUGAAGAUGAUGAAAUCAUUUUAAGCCGUGAAAAAGAGGCAGGGGAUGAGAUAAUAAUGGAAUGGGCUAGGGAUAAUAAAAAUGAUAUGCUGCAGAUAGUUUGUGGUUAUCAUGCUAUGCCUAUUCCUGCCUGGGGAAGUGAAAUAGUUUUUCAGCCCCUUGAGCACCUACAGGCUAUUGAAUAUGGGAGGCCUCAACUAUCUGCUCUUGGAUUAAGUGAAAAAUUUCUAGAGCAAAAGUUUCAGUUGUCACCGGGAGCUGCUGAGGUUAAUCUGAAGUUAGCUGGUGCUGAGGAAGCUCUGGCUCUCUCAAUAUGGACAACUGCAACAAUUUGUCGAGUUCUCUCCCUUGAAACAGUUCUUUUAUUGAUUGCUGGGGUAUUGCUGGAAAAACAAGUUGCAGUAUUGUGCCCAAAUCUAGGUGUUCUAUCAGCUGUUGUCUUGUCUUUUAUUCCUAUGAUUCGUCCAUUUGAAUGGCAGAGUUUAUUUCUUCCAGUUUUGCCAGGGAAGAUGCUUGAUUUUCUUGAGGCUCCUGUUCCUUUCAUAGUUGGCAUACAGCAUAAACCAGCUGAUUGGAAGAUAAAAACUUCUAACUUUGUUCAAGUUAAUUUGGUUAAAAACCAGGUAAAAACAUGUCACUUACCUGCACUUCCUCGGCGUAAAGAGCUCAUCUCCAAACUACGACCAAUUCAUACUAGGCUGUCCUCUGAAAACCCUGUUGCUACCAGGCAUCCUGUAUAUAGAUGCAAUGAAGUGCAGGCUGAAGCUGCUGCACAAUUCUUAGCAGUCAUGAGGCACUACUUGGAGUCACUUUGUUCAGAUUUGAGGUCGCAUACAAUCACUAGUGUACAAUCAAACAAUGACAGGGUUUCUCUACUCCUUAAGGAUACCUUUAUUGAUUCUUUUCCUAGUAAAGAUCAGCCCUUUGUUAAGACUUCCGGCUAUCAAGCUUUGAGAAUGAGUACUGAUCUAUUAAGUCCAUUGUAAGUGCAAUACAAAGAGUUGAGUUGAGACUCUGGGAUGCCAUGAAAGAUACUCGCUGGACGCAAAUGACAGAGAUGGAAGGAAGAAUCGCUCACCACUGUACCAGUUUGUUGAAAAACAGGUACUAUGCCCAAGUUGUUUCUGGGCGCCCGUGCCAAUGCGAUUGCAGCAGCCACUGACACUAGGCAUGCAGCUUUGCUUAGAGGCAGCAAAGAUGAAAUUUUGUAGUAUAGUGGACAUAAUAAUGAUAUAAUUGCCAACACCACGACGACGACGACCACGAAAGAGCAAUUUAUCAAUGUUGUACUACUACCUCCCUCAACACAAAAAGAUCAUCAACCCAGCCUUUUAGUGGGUUUGAUUGAUACCACCACUCUAUUUAACAACAAUGUGAAAGAAUAACCAGCGAGCAGCCUUUGUAAGCAUUCCAUUCCUUUACCGUAAAAAUGUAUUUCCACUUUGGAGGGUGCUGUUUAUUAGUGUAUUGCUAUCAUGUAUUCUGAUUAUUUA